CGCUCAGUGGGCAGAGGUCCAAGGCAAAGCCUUGGGCAGCCGGCUGAGGAGUCAGAUCUGUUCGCGGUAGGCAUCCAGCAGGCGGAGGCUUGCGUGUCGAGACCCCACCAGGGUGAACUUUCUCAUCUUGGUCUUCACACUCUCCAUGGUCCCAUCCAGCUUCUAAGGGUGAAGCCUCCUUUAUGUAUCCCUCCCUCCGCUCUCCUCAGAAAGAAGAAGCAACCCAGGUUUCCUGGCUCAGGAGAGUGCCUUUGCGAAAAAACCCUGGGUCUCUUGUUUCAGCUCAGUGUUUUAACAGGUAAGAGAAUCAAGACUCAGAAAACCAAGUAGUGCAAGGCAUGGUUUGGAGGCUGCUGCAUGGGCAGGUGCUGACCAGGAGAGAGAGACAAAGGAGCCAAAGAGUCAGUUUGUCAUGAAAAAGCAUUGGACUAGGAGUCAAGAGUAACUCUUCACUAGCUUGGUAUUGUGCAAGUCAUCCUACCUCUCUGGAUCUUAGUUGCUUCAUCUGUAAAAAAGAAGAUAAAAAUUCUUUACCUGCCUGAAGAUGAGGUGGAGGACCAUUCCACUAUGCUAUUGUUUUCUCUUGGUCACAUGUCUACUUGCUGCUCUUCAAGCUGUGCCUAUAGACAUCGACAAGACAAAAGUACAAAAUACUGAACCUGUGGAAAGUGCAAAGAUAGAACCACCAGAUACUGGACUUUAUUAUGAUGAAUAUCUCAAGCAAGUUAUUGAUGUGCUGGAAACAGAUAAACAUUUCAGAGAAAAGCUUCAGAAAGCAGACAUAGAGGAAAUAAAGAGUGGGAAGCUAAGCAAAGAGCUGGACUUGGUAAGUCACCACGUGAGGACAAAACUUGACGAACUGAAAAGGCAAGAAGUAGGAAGGUUAAGAAUGCUAAUUAAAGCUAAACUGGAUUCCUUUCAAGAUAUGGGCAUGGACCACCAAGCUCUUCUAAAACAAUUUGAUCACCUAAAUCAUAUGAAUCCUGACAAGUUUGAAUCCACAGAUUUAGAUAUGCUAAUCAAAGCGGCAACAAAAGAUUUGGAACAGUAUGACAAGACUAGACAUGAAGAAUUUAAAAAAUAUGAAAUGAUGAAGGAACAUGAACGGAGAGAAUAUUUAAAAACACUAGAUGAAGAAAAGAGAAAAGAAGAAGAAUCUAAAUUUGAAGAAAUGAAGAGGAAGCAUGAAAACCAUCCCAAAGUUAAUCAUCCAGGAAGCAAAGAUCAACUAAAAGAGGUAUGGGAAGAGACUGAUGGAUUGGACCCUAAUGACUUUGACCCCAAGACAUUUUUCAAAUUACAUGAUGUCAAUAGCGAUGGAUUCCUGGAUGAACAAGAAUUAGAAGCCCUGUUUACUAAGGAGUUGGAGAAAGUGUAUGAUGCCCAAAAUGAGGAGGAUGAUAUGGUGGAAAUGGAGGAAGAAAGGCUUAGAAUGAGGGAGCAUGUAAUGAAUGAGGUUGAUACAAACAAAGACCGGUUGGUGACUCUGGAAGAAUUUUUGAAAGCUACAGAAAAAAAGGAAUUCUUGGAGCCAGAUAGCUGGGAGACACUGGAUCAGCAACAACUCUUCACGGAGGAAGAACUAAAAGAAUAUGAAAAUAUUAUUGCUUUCCAAGAAAAUGAGCUUAAGAAGAAGGCAGAUGAGCUUCAGAAACAGAAAGAAGAGCUACAGCGUCAGCAUGACCAGCUGGAGGCUCAGAAGCAGGAAUAUCAUCAGGCUGUACAGCAAAUGGAACAAAGAAAGUUACAACAAGGAAUCGCUCCAUCAGGUCCAACUGGAGAACAGAAGCUUGAGCCCCAUGUUUAAAGUUCCGAAGUCCACCAGAACUUGGAAGAAAGCUGUUCAUUCAACAUCUGUUUUAUCUUUUAACUCCUUUUCUUUCUGCUCAAUAAAUAUUUUAAGGCAUAUUUGGAAUAAAGGAAGAUACCUUUAAAAUGAGAA